AUGUGCACUGGUGCAUAUAAUAAAUUUGAAAAUUUAUUUUCCUAUACUAGUUUAUCUAUCUAUCUAUCUAUCUAUCUAUCUAUCUAUCUAUCUACCUAUCUAUCUAUCUAUCUAUCUAUCAUCUCAUGUCUUAAUGUUCAUCUAUCUAUCUAUCUAUCUAUCUAUCUAUCUAUCUAUCUAUCUAUCUAUCUAUCUAUCUAUAUCAGUGUGUUAAUGUUCAUCUAUCCAUCUAUCUCAAGACAAGGAUUCAACAACACAUAUAUCUAUCUAUCUACCUAUCUAUUACAGUCUGUUAAUGUUUAUCUAUCUAUCUAUCUAUCUAUCUAUCUAUCUAUCUAUCUCUGUGUGUUAAUGUUUAUCUAUCGAUCUAUGUAUCUAUCAGAGUCUGUUAAUGUACAUCUAUUUUUUAUCUAUAGCAGUCUGUUAAUGUUCAUCUAUCUAUCUAUCUAUCUAUCUAUCUAUCUAUCUAUCUAUCUAUCACAGUCUGUUAAUGUUCAUCUAUUUGUCUAUCACAGUCAGUUAAUGUUUAUCUAUCAAUCUAUCUAUCUACAACAUCUGUUAAUGUUCAUCUAUCUAUCUACCUAUCUCAGUCUGUUUAUGUUAGUCUAUCUAUCUGUUUAUCUAUCUCAUCUGUUAAUGUUCAUCUAUCUAUCACAGUCUGUUAAUGUUCAUCUAUCUAUCUAUCACAAUCUGUUAAUGUUCAUCUAUCUAUCUAUCUAUCUAUCUAUCUAUCACAGUUUUUGGGCAACUACUAAUAAGUCAGUCAUCAUUCGGCACAGAGGGAGAACUUUUAUGUCACAGAGUAGAAGACAUCACAACAAGUCCCUUAUUUGUUAUUACUUUCUUGUUUGUCAAUUUAAUUCUUCGUCUCUCCAUCCAGGAUUUAUUCCAUCUUCCACUGUUUUUAAUUAUUCAUCAUCUUUGAUCCAAUUUUCUAUUCUUCCUUCCUUCCUAUUUUCUUUCUGUUUUUCUCCUUUGAGUCUAUUCUCUUAA